UGAUUACAGGUUGCGUAGACUUAUGGGAUCCAAAAGUUAUAAGGAGCGCUGCAGGGGCACAUUUUCGAGUACCCAUCUAUCCAUCAAUAGAAUGGAAUGAAAUGCCUGAACAUACAAGACCAGAAUCAGCGAUUUUCAUAGCUGACAGUAAUCCAAAGAAUACAGUUGAAGAUAGCCAUGAUUCUCUGGCUUCAACUAUACCUGUUUUGCCAUACUAUGGUGUUGAUUAUUCUACUUUUAGCCAUAGCACUUUAAUUAUAGGAGGUGAAACGGAAGGUAUUAGUGAGGAUAGUUAUAAGUUUGCUUCUAGUCGAAAUGGACUGAGACUGAAUAUUCCCCUUAUAGAAGGCGUAGACAGUCUGAACACUGGUAUGGCGACAGCUGUAAUUGCAUGCGAAAUAAAAAAACAAUUCGUUCAAGCGUGGAGCAAAAUGAAAAAUGAAAAGGUUGAAGCAGAACUUAACACAUAAAUUUGUAAUUAUAAUAUUAGAUAGUAGUGUUCAAAUGUAGAUAAAAUAAAAAUUGACAAAUAA